AUGCUUAGAAGUGCCGUUCGUACUAAAAUCAACCCGGUCAGGGCCAUUUCUGCCUCCAGGCUGUUGGCUUCCCAGGCCCUGGACCUCGUCCUGAUCGACCUUCCUGCGUCGUCUUUUGAAGGCUACAAGCUUGACCAGAUGCCAGAGUUGACGUUUGAAACCGAAAAGGACACGCUUCUUCAGAUGUACAAGGAUAUGAUCAUCAUCAGAAGAAUGGAAAUGGCCGCUGACGCUUUGUACAAGGGUAAGAAAAUCAGAGGGUUCUGCCACUUGUCGGUGGGCCAGGAGGCCAUUGCUGUGGGCAUUGAGAGUGCCAUCAACCAUAAGGAUACUGUGAUCACGUCGUACAGAUGUCACGGGUUUGCGUUCAUGAGAGGUGCUUCUGUCAAGGAGGUGUUGGGCGAAUUGAUGGGUAAGCGUUCGGGUGUGUCUUACGGUAAGGGUGGCUCCAUGCACAUGUUUGCUCCUGGCUUCUAUGGUGGUAACGGUAUUGUGGGAGCUCAGGUGCCGCUUGGAGCUGGUUUGGCUUUUGCUCAUAAGUACAGAGGCGAGAAGAACGCUACGUUCACGUUGUACGGUGACGGUGCCGCCAACCAGGGUCAGGUGUUUGAGGCCUACAACAUGGCCAAGCUCUGGGACUUGCCAUGUAUCUUUGCAUGCGAGAACAACAAGUACGGUAUGGGUACUUCAGCUUCGAGAUCGUCUGCCAUGAUUGAGUACCACAAGAGAGGUCAGUACAUUCCUGGUUUGAAGGUGAACGGUAUGGACAUCUUGGCGUGCUACCAGGCGUCCAAGUUCGCCAAGGACUGGUGUGCCAACGGUAACGGUCCUUUGGUCAUGGAGUACGAGACCUACAGAUACGGUGGCCACUCCAUGUCUGACCCAGGUACCACUUACAGAACCAGAGAGGAGGUGCAGCACAUGAGAUCGAGAAACGACCCAAUUGCCGGUUUGAAGGCGGUUCUUUUGGACUUGAACAUUGCCGACGAGGCUGAAAUCAAGUCUUACGACAAGGCUGCCAGAAAGUACGUUGACGAGCAGGUUGCUGCUGCUGAGGCCGAUGCUCCUCCAGAGGCCAAGAUGUCUAUCUUGUUUGAGGACGUCUACGUGCGUGGCACCGAGAUUCCUGAAUUGAGAGGCAGAAUUUCCGACGAUACUUGGAACUUUGAGAAGAACGACUUUUCCAACCACGUUUACUAA